AUGAAAUUUGAAGAGAAAUACGCAGAAGCCAUCAAAUUGGUUCGACACCGCAUAGCGCGUGGUGAAGACAUUGUUAUUUAUUCAGCGCAGUUCCACGGCGUAUUUGACCAUUCGCCGUGGGCUGGUGAGUUGGACGUUGAAGACGAAGAAGAAAAUCAAAGUAGAACAACGACCAGUCAUAGCGAUGACCAGAAAGGGUGUACAUCAUCAACAGUGUCUACGGCCGACGACGAACCGCUAAGCAAGAAAGACGGGCCUGGUACUUUGUCACGAUCGUCUUCAUUCCUCAGUAGCAGUGGCAACGAGGCAGACAAGUCAUCAUCAGAGGAUGGCCUCUUUAGAAAACCUUACGAAAGCAAAAAACUCAUGCCGACAAGGAAAAGUAGACGUCCAAAAUCCCCCUCACGUGAGGCAUGA